CGCACUGUGCGAGUAUAAUCUUUACUGCUGUAAACCGUUCCAAGAUAAAGUCAGCAAAUAUAGAAGUAGAAGUGUGCAAUGCAACCUCUGAAAAGCGUUAGCUGAAAUCCAAGUUGGGGUGUUUGCUUUUGGCCUAGACUGGGAUCGAGAAAUUAGGGGUCAGAUUCUGGGGUGAGCGAAUCAGGCGCUUACCUGAUGAAACCCAAAGGAAUUUCGUGAAAAUACGUAAUGAAGCUGUACUUCGUGUAAAUUCCUAAAUAAUUGCUUAUAAUACAAAUAUACUUUUUAAUAAUUUGUUGAAUAUCUACUCCUUUAUAAUAAUUUUAUUCAAACCAAAAAAAUAAUGCUUUCUACGCAGCCCGACGGGACUUCUCAGUUGUCGACAAACAAUGCUGAUAUGUAAUUCGUAGGCAAAUGUUAAUUUAAUACUCGGACUUGUGCGUGUUGGAAGUCUGGGAAAAUCAACAGCUGAGGGAAUCGAUUGAGAUGAAUAACCGAUUAUGUCCAUUAAUGAGGUAUAUGUGAAGUUGCAGUUAUAGUUUCGAAAUAAACACUAAUCGAACGGACUUCAACGGGACACAAUCGUAAUGAGAUUUAGCCGAGUUAUAGAGGAGUAUCUGAAGAACUCCACUCUGCAUGGAGCCCGGUUUAUAGUGGACAAGGAUGCCAGUUGGAUAGAAAGGAUGUUUUGGGUCAUUUGUCUCGUUGCUUCUUGGUACGCCUCCUGGUUGCUUAUCAAAGCCUCAUUAAGCGCAUUUGAGAACAACGCCAUCAGUUUCGUUGUGGAGAGUUCGUUUCGCGAUUGGAAUACCAAUUUUCCUGCCAUUAUAGUCUGCGAAUCGAAGAAUAUGGAUCGAAUUCAAGAGGUGGCUGAACAACUGUGGGGCGCUGAUCACGACUUCACUUUGGAGGAGGUUCUUAGCGAGAUUGCCUUCUUCCGCGGUGAAUCCUACCACACAGUCCACGAAUGCAGUGGCGAGGAGGUGACUGCCUCAUGCUUUUACUCCAAUUUCUCGUAUUAUGCGGAAUUAGUUAGAAGCAGUUGUUUGGACUCAAUCAGCAAUUGCGAGUGGAAUAAUAAACCAUUUGAGUGCUGCAAGUACUUUCAUCGCAUGGAAACUGAGCUGGGGAUUUGCUAUGCCAUUAAUUCAAUGCAAGCUGGAAAACACAAAAUGCCCAAGCUAAAUAUGUAUUCGAAUCGGAAUAGUGGACCGGGCGCCCUGAAAAUGGAACUGCACACUGAGGCCACGGUCUUUAUUCUUGGCACCGAAGAGGUUCCCACACUGGUAACCCCUAAAACGGAUUUCCUAGUUGUAGGCCCAUAUAUCUCCUUUGUGCGUUAUAUCACUAAGCGCGACAUUGAGAACGAUGAAGAGAUCCGCCAGACCAGUGUCCAUCAGAGGAAUUGUCGUUUCGCCGAUGAGAACAUUCUGGAUGUGCACAAGUUCUAUAGCUACAGUGCCUGCACGGUCCAAUGCCGGAAGGAUCGCCAGAUGGAGUUGUGCAACUGCUCCAGUCACCUGUCCCCGAACUCCCCCGAUUGGCAGCUGUGCAACAUGGAGGGUCUGGAGUGCCUCAAUCGCAAUUACGAGGAUCUCUCGGUCAUCAUCGCCAAAUGGUCGAAGCUCCGUGGUCGAAAGGGCCUGGUCUGCGAUUGCCUGCCCUCUUGUACGGAAGUGGAUAUCACUACGGUGUACGAUAGCAAAGAAAAUAUGGCUGGAAGUCAGAACGCCAUAUCCAGGAUCGAAGUGGGCCUCAUAGAAUUACCGACGGAACGUUAUAAAAGAAAUUUGGUACGCGGCAAACUGGAUUUAGUUGUAUCCAUUGGUGGCACCACUGGCUUGUUUGUGGGCGCCAGUCUUCUCAGCUUUGUGGAGAUUUUUUACUACAUCACUAUACGCCCUUAUACGACGUAUAUAAACGAGAAACGUCGACUAAAGCGAUUGAUUAUACCCAAGAGAUUUCAAUGA